AUGUCUCAAAAAGUUUCUUGUGGUCGUUUAAUUUUAAAUAGCGAUGGGACAGUGAAAAAAAAAGUUGAACUUCUAAAUGGUGGUGGUGUUCGUGAUUUAACAUUAAGUCAUAUAGAUAUAGGUUUUGAUGAAAUUCAUGAUAUGCUCCGAGAUCUUUUUAACAUAGAUCCAAAUCGUCGUUCAAAAUUAUAUGAUUAUCAAUUUACAGAAAUAGAUACUAAUCGUUAUCCAAAUUUUUUCGAAUAUGUCCAUCAAAAUGGUUUAAAAUUUCGAAAUACUUUAUUAUAUCUAUGUACUGCUUCAACAGAAAAUGAAUCGAAAAUAACUUGGUCAUCACCUGAAAAAACCCGAACAUCAAAGAAAACAACAAAAAAAAUUCCUCAAGUUGAAGCUGAUUCUUCUACAUCACCAGCAUUAAUUAGAAUUAAUAAUAAUUCACCUGUUGAUCAUAAACCAACUCCUGAACCAUUACUUAAUAAUGAAAUAGCUCAAAACCUACGAGUAUUUUCUUUUGCAACAUUCUCAAAUUAUUCAUUUGAAAAAUCCUUAAAUGAAUUUAUUAAUUAUUUACGUAAUGUUAUUAAUCAAUAUAAUCAUGAAAAUAUAUUUAUUCAAUUAUUUGAAUAUAUAUGUAUAUUACAAGGUCUUGCAUCAAUAACUUUAGAUCGAUUAAAACAACAAACUCAACCAGUUCAUAAACAUGAAAAACAAUUUUAUAAUUAUGCAUUAGAUAAAAUUGAAAAUUUAUCUCGAAAAAUUAAAGCAUUUAUUGAAUUAAAUAAAAUGAAAAUUUCUCAUAUUGAUCAACAUUCAAUAAUUAUAGAUUCAUUUAAUCAAUUUCAUCAAAAUUUUAAUACUCUACAUGAUCAAUGGUCUAAUAAUACAUAUGAUAAUAGAGAAAGGACACAUUCAUCAACAAAUCAUGUAAUCGAUCCAGUACCAUUAAUACCUGUGCCAUCAGCAAAUCGUCCAAAUCACCCCAUACCACUAAUGUCUUUGUCUACAACCAAUCUUGUAAAUGAUUCUGUACCUUCGACAUCUUUUUCUUCAUCAUCGUCUCGACAUCAUCGUGAAACAAACUCUCGAAAACAAUCACGAGCAUUAUCACCAUCUCCUCAUCGAUCACAUCAAACUUCAACUAAAGAUGAUCAUAAUAAUGAAAGAUACUUAUUAUUCAAAAAUAUGUUAAAAUGUCUUGAUCAUUUACGAGGUGUUUUACACAGUUUACGUUACACAUCAUUUUCUCAUUUUAUACAAAGAAUAGUUUGUGAUAUAGAAUAUUGUCGAUCACAUAUAAAACUAUCUGAACAUCGAUCAUUGUUUGAAGCUGAAAACCUAAUACUUACAAUUGAAAAGGCACUUGCAGAUAGAAUUAAUGAUGAAUAUCGUCAUGCAGUACCACAUGGAAUACAUCGAUCACUUGAAUCUGCAUUUCAAAAAACAUUAGAUGAAAUUAAACAUUUAUUAAAUUCAUUUCAUCAUUAUCAAAGCAAAAUAGAUAAAAAUAAACGAUCAAGACAUACACAUUGGACACCAUCUGAUGCGUCAAAAACAGUUGAAAGAGAAUAUAUUGAACGUAAACCAAUAAUUAAUUUAAAUCAACAUCAAACAAGAAAUAAUGAUGAUGAUGAUGAUCAAAGUUCUGAAGCAUCACAUUCAUCAUUUGCAGAUGACGUUCUCAUGGAAGUAGCAAAAGAUGCAUAUGAACAAAGACCACAUAUAUAUAAAACUUAA